UUCGCUUCAUUUUUCUUACAGCCUUGGAGGUCGUUUUGGAGACAAAGAAGCAGAGGAAGAAGCAUAGCCAGGAAGAACGGCCACCCUCCAGCAGAAAAGAAAAAGGGUAAUUGGGAAUUAAUGGGGAACCGCAAGAUAACAGGAGGUGCGAGACGGUACAUCAGAUCCAAGGCACCUCGCCUUCAAUGGACUCCCGAACUCCAUGGCUCCUUUGUUGAUGCCAUCGAUCGUCUUGGUGGUCAUGAAAAAGCAACGCCGAAGCUUCUUCUUCAGACGAUGGGAGUGGAUGGAUUGACGAUAUCUCAUAUAAAAAGCCAUCUUCAGAUGUACAGAAGCUCCAAGAAUGGCAUCAAGAUAGAGAGGCAAGCGAUCCAGAGGGCAUUCCGUUACUGUUGUCAAAAUGAAUCAGACUUGUCAGCAGAAACUUGCACAAACUACAAGUUCAGAUCAAAUUCUAAUUCUACUCAUGGCACUUCAUGGAGCAACAGAUGGGAAGAGAAAACGGAGGAGUUGGUGAGCAAGAGGAUACUGUGGAAGGAUUGGGAGAAUCUGUAUACGAAUAUCGCUUUCAGGCGUUUGCAAGGAGACGAUGAGAGCAGCAAUGAACUCCAGCGGACCCCUCAACAAGAGCUUACCCAUAUGGAAAAUACCUAUAAACUUAUAAGGUUCAUAGAAUCUGAAAGGACGGAACAAGGUUGGUUGAAAGCAAUGUUACCCUUCAGCUCUAGCUCUAAUAUUUCGUCCUCACACACUGGACAUGGAACGAAAGGCGAGCAAGCAGAGGAGACCGGUAAAGGUGAAUUGUCAUUUCCAAGCUUCACAGGAUGGCCCAGCUCAUCCUCAACAGUUGAUGCAGGUGAGAUCAUGUUAUUGUUCCAAAAUAAAUGCAGGGAAAGCAUCAAUGGUAAUUUCAUUGAUGAGAGUCGAGGGGUCAAUCUGGAUCUGACCAUAUCUAUCCCUGGCUCAACUAGCUAGAGUAACUAGAAUCACUGAGACAAAGCCAGUAAAUGGCUGCCUGUACAAUGUUUGACAACAAGCGCAAUGUAUGUACCAACGUCACAUGGAGAGACAUAUAACAUGCAGCUUAUGGUUAUCAUAUCCAAUGCCAGCGAGAGAGAGAGAGAGAGAGAGAGAGAGAGAGAGAGAGAGAGAGAGAAGACAUGAUAAGGUCUAAUGCCAAAAGUAGUUAUAUGUCUAACGUUAACUGUAUUCAGUAAAUUGAAUGACGAUAAGCCUAUAACACCAUUGUUAGAAUGAUAUCUUCUGAAUUCAUACGCUAACCUUGUGAAAAGUUAGCUAGUUGAACUUUUUUUUUUCAAUAGUCCAAUUAUGUACAUCGGUUACUUGUAAUAGAUGAGUUUGACUUUAAACAGUUUCCUAUA